UGUUUUGUCAGUAUCGUGUGUCUUGACGUCCUAGCAUGUGUCACAAUUUAGACCACAUCUGGCCCUGACUUUUUACAUUCUAAACAAAAGUUGAAUAUCUGUUUCCAUAGUAACUAAUAAUGUACACAAAGUAGAUGGACUGCCUUGGUGUUUUAUCCGAAGGUGGAUAAAAGCUGUAGCGUUAAUCAUGUACAAAGUGGAUUUGGCUGUGGACCAGUCCGAACAAAAUGCUGUGGAGAGGCGCAGAGCGGCAGAAUCUGCACGAAAGGAGCGCAUCUUCAACACCCGGCUCCGAGUGAUGGGCCUGGACCUUCAGGCUCUGGAACAACAAGUGCAGGAUAGAAAACACCAGCAACACUUGGAGAAACAACGGGACAAGGCUUAUGAUUUUCUUAGAAUGAGCCAUGAUGAAGCCCUUGUACAGCAGGACAACACUGAAAAACAGCGGCGCGCAGAUCUGCAUUCAGAUUUGACCAAGUUCUGGUCCACUUACCAGCGAGCGGAGGACUCCCGUGAUGCAGAUGUUAACAGUGACCGGAUGGGGGCGUUGACGCUCUCGGUUCCAGAGAGUGAGCUGGGGCCUGCCAGUAUGCAAAUCUUUGAGGGAGAGGACCAAGCAGCAAAAAACAGACAGAAAGAACAAAUGAAAAUUACAAAAAGAAAUCUGAGUGUACAAAAGGAAGACAAUGAGCGGAGACGAAUGGCAGAGAAGCACAGAGACAUGCUCUCUGGUCGGGGGUUGAUGUAUGAGGACUACAGACGAGAAGAGAUGCAGACAUUAGAGGAGGAGUGCAGAAGAGCAUCCCGCAUGGCCCUGGAUAACUACAACCAUGCUCUGGCCACAGAGCAGGCUGAAAGAAAGAGAGAAGAACGCAGACGUGAGGAAACCGAGAAUCUAGCAGAGAUGUGGCACACAGUGACAUCUGACAUGAUGAUGGAGCGCUCAGAGGCAGCAGAGAGGCCAGGAGGAGGCAGACCGCCCGGGGUCCUGGCUGACAGGUGGAAAGGGAUGAGCCCCGCACAGCUCAGUGCCAUCCACAGGGAGAGAGAGGCGCAGUGUGAGGAGAAACAGAAAAAACAAGACAAAGAGAAGAGUUUGCGUCUAUCGUUUGGCCUGCAUCUGUUGAAGUCUUCUCAGGCUGAAGAGGAAGAGGAGCAGAGGGUGGCAGAGCAAAGGAGACAAAAGAGGGCAGAGAUGGACCUGUACAACAGGCAGCUGGCUAAAGAGCAGCAGAUACAACAGGAGUAUUUGGACAAAAUCGUAUACACCAACAAACCAACAAAGGACUACUUUCUUCAGUUCAAUACAAGCUCUCGCUGAUCUCAUCUCACAUAAUGGACAUACUGUACUUGCUUGGUCUUGUGAACAAGCCACUAUGUUCAAAUGCAAAUGAAAAAUGACUUUUCAUGUGUCACAUUUUCCUACUCCUACUCCACAACUAAGAUAAUUAUGAACAACACUAUGACAGAAAAAAUACUCUUUUCUUGAGAUUGUUCCAUCUUCUUUAUUUUCAGCCAUAUAUCCAGA